AGGAAGUGGUUGAGGUCAUGUCAUGUGUUAUUAAAAGGUCAUAGUCAAGCUGGCACGCUGGGUCAGGGGCGACCUCCAACGUGGAACGACGUUACAAUCUAACAAGUGGAAGGGCCACCCCGAUCAUCAAUAAUGUCACCGAGGAGGAUGCUGGGAACUACACCUGUGAGGCAUACAUCAUACACCAGGCAUACAUCAUACACCAUACACCACAAAUCUGUGAAAAAAAUAACAAUUAUAAAAUAAUUUCUUUCAUCUCUGUUUUUAUAAUUUUCUGUUAAUUCACAAGUGGCUGAAUCUCACUGGUGAAAUGAUCAGAGCGAGGGAAGCAGCUCCCCUCUUUCUCAGUAUGUGAUGCCCAUUUAUCUGAUGCUGUCUGAACCAAAAGAGUAUAACCUGUUGCUGUGGUACCAUUUGAUUGAUUGAUGCUAGCAAGCAUUUUGCCUAAUCACUUUUUGUUUUAAGAAUUAGCCAAUAAGCAUUGAGCUGAGCUCAACUGUGGGUUGUCCUGGCGUCGCAAUACACACCCCUAAGGGAGGCCAAUUUGGCUUUGGCUUCACACCAAUCAAAUAACAUCGUAAGCGAAACGUCAUAAUUGUAAGAAAAACGUGUCAGUUUCUCGUCUGCUUGUGUUGAUGUCGUGCAGUAGCUAGCUUGCCAAAUCGGCCCUUUCCUAAGCCAUGGAUGGAAAUUUGGGCUUGUGGUUUUGACUUAAUUCUCUGUACAGGCCAAUGAUUAUGAUAGCGAUUCUGAUCUAGCCACACAUUAUUAUAUUGUGCCUCUGGCCUGAGACGAUUGAAGUUCAAUAUGUAGCCUAGUAGCCUCACGUUAACUAGCUAGCUAACUUACCUGGUUCAUUGUCGCCCAUGCGAGGAAGUUAGGCUAGCAAGCAUUUUAGCUAGGUGGCCUGUGAAAAUGAAAACUAACAGCAUACAGAGCCAUCGGCCGUUUUUCCAACAUGAGAGGAGGGUGGCAUUGGCAUUCAACUAGUCUACAAGUAGGCUGAGUCACCCCCUCAAAAAAUCUUAUGCACGCACGCACGCACGCACGCACACACACACACACACACACACACACACACACACACACACACACACACACACACACGCACACACACGCACACACACACACACACAGAAAUCAGUACCAUGGACAGCCACAUGAUAUUUAGCAACAUUAAUUGGACUGAAUUAUUUUUGGUAUCUUUAAGUUUGUUUUCAGCGUAUUAAACUAAGUUUAUAUAGCCUAGUUGAUUUGAUGAUGUUUACGUGUUUAAGUGUAAAUGGUGCUGGAAUAGCGGAGGCAGGGCUCCUGUUGUCUUUGUGCUGACUUGAGGUAACUCCGUGGGUCUGAAUCACUAUUUGUUUAGUAAAACUAUCAAAAACAUUAACUUGCUUGACCGUGCUGCAGGUCAUUUAACUGUUUGUAUAUGCAAUAUUUGCUUUGUGGACUUCACCAGACAGAUGUCACUUCACCUGCCCCCUCCCCUGACAAUCCCACCUACAGUGAUUGAUUGACAGGCCAAACUUUUAAAGGGAUUGUUCACCCAAAUUACAAAACGACACAUUGGCUCUCGACAGCAGGAGCGAAAAUAAAAUUUAUAUUUUGAAAAACAAGCAUUGUGGAAUUUCAUAUCUUGCAGUAAAACUGUAAAUAUGACAUUCAUAUCAAGAGAAGACAGGGGUUUAAUGGUACAAAAAGGUUAUCAUAUAGGCCUAAUAUCCAAAACAACUAACAAUACACUGAGUUUAUACAUUUUCAGUCAUUUUAAUUGUAAAGAAAUGUUUUUCUACUCAAUACCACAACAAAUGUUACCAAUCUGGGAGAUAGUCGUUAAAGUAUUCAAUAAUUUAGCUGUGUAUUUCGGAUGGAAUCAAGGCAUUAGAAGAUGGAUGGAAUCAAGAACUCUAAAAUAGAAUUUGCUCUCUUCGGAACCCCCCAGCCCGGAACUCUUUUCCUAUUUGGCUGACUACUCCAUGUACUUACGGAAAACACUGCCUAAAGGAAGUAGAGCAGGCGACAAGCUUAGGUCUGCAUAUAGAGACCAUUUUGUGUUUUCAAACAUUGCCGCACGAGGGCGAUACGUGCAAAUUGGUGGCAGAACAAGGGAGAGUUCUUAAAGAACACCAGCAAAAAAAGCGUCUAUUUACAUGUUGCUUAUGAGUGCAUUUCACACUACUUUUGGAUUAUAAUUGGAUUUUAAGGCUCAUAUGAAUGUCUUGCUUAAUAUAAUGUUUGUGUCAUCAUCCCAAAUCAACUGCAUUACACUUUUAAAAAAACACUUCAACCAGUGUAAUGGCUCCCAAGUGGUGCAGUGGUCUGCAUCUCAGUGCUGGAGGCGUCAAUGGUUCGAUCCGGGGCUGUAUCACAACCGGCCGUGGUCGGGAGUCCCAUAGGGCGGCACACAAUUGGCCCAGCGUCAUCUGGGUUAGGGGACGGUUUGGCCGGGGUAGGCCGUCAUUAUAAAACAAGAAUUUGUACUUAACUGACUUGUCUGGUUAAAUAAAAUGGCUCUUUGGCUAGCUUUAGCUACAGCCUAUAUCAAUAAGAGUUAGCAUUCUAGCUAACAAAUACUGCACCCAAAAUAGUUAUUUUCCAAAUAUCACAACCAAAUAUAAUCUUAGCGAGUGUUCAAGCACGAGUCAAAACAUCAUUGUAAGCGUAUGAGAACCCCCCAAAAUGAUUUUGUUUGUAAGUAAUAAAAACAUAAAUUUAGGCUAUGUUGAAUGAGCGCAGAUGAAGAUGGCUUUCUUAUACCAUACCCGCGCGUGCGCCAUCCCGCGCAAAUUGAUUUUGUCGCCCCACACCAAACGCAAUCACGACACGCAGGUUGAAAUAUCAAAACAAACUCUGAACCAAUUAUAUUAAUUUGGGGACAGGUCGAAAAUCAUUAAACAUUUAUGGCAAUUUAGCUAGCUAGCUUGCAUUUGCUAGCUAAUUUGUCCUAUUUAGCUAGCUUGCUGUUGCUAGCUAAUUUGUCCUUUUUAGCUAGCUUGUUGUUGCUAGCUAAUUUGUCCUAUUUAUCUAGCUUGCUGUUGCUAACUAAUUUGUCCAGGGAUAAAAACGUUGAGUUGUUAUUUUACCUGAAAUGCACAAGGUCCUCUGACAAUUAAUCCAGACAUAAACCGGUCAACCGAGUCGCUUCUAGUCAUCUCUCUUCCUUCCAGUCUUUUUCUUCUUUGGACAUUAUAUUGAGAUUAGCAUCUAAUAGUAUUACCAUCAUGACUACUGACCUCAGUUCAUCUUUCAAUAAGCCACGUGAGUAUAACCAAUGAGGAGAUGGGAGAGGCAGGACUUGCAGAGCGUUCUGCGUCACAAAUAGAAGCAACUUCAAUUUUAGCACCUGGCAAUGCAGACGCUCGUUGUUGCUGCGCGCGAGCAGUGUGGGUGCAAUGAUUGAAUAACAUUUAUGUUGAAACGCUUGCGCACGCGACGAGAGCGGUGUGGUCAGCAUGUUACUGCCACCAAGAGUAGCGUGCAUCUGUGCGUUAUGUAAAUGUGUCGUGUACUGGAAAAAUAUAUAUUCUACCCCCAAAAAUAUAGAAUAAUAAAAAAAUUAUAAAUAAAUAAGAACAAAAGAUUUGAAAAAAAUAUAUAUAUAAAUGUAUAAAGAAAAUCUGGAUAUUCCCCACAGACUUCAAAGGGAUGAUUUCCACCAUAUAUGGUUAAAUAGAGGCGUUUCGAAAUGCAAAUACCCUAGGUCGUGCACGAGCACUGAGGCUGAAAACAUUUUGUAUUUAUUAAUGGUUAUCUCCUAUCGGUGUACAUAUGACGCUCGUAGGAUUGUUUGAUAAAUUACACUUUUUUUUAUGUAAUAUUUUAGAAUAGUUUCUACGCAAUAUUGAUACAUGAGGCCCCUGGUAAAUAUAAUGGACAAUCUGUGCUGAAGGGCUGGUCUUCAAUAGGGCACAGUGACAGACUGCAUACUACGUACGGACUGGGCUGUGGCGAAGAGAAAACAGACAGUCAGUUUCGUUUUCCAAAUCUCAACGUCAGGGGAAUACCAGCAGGACCAUAUAAAAUAUUCAGCUCAUACCGGACAAUAUCAUAACCACACAAACAGAUCAUUUGUUCUUCGACAGCAUUUUGUUUUCAUUUGUUCUCCGACAUUGACGAUCAUGAGCACAGACUGGACACCCACCCUGUGGUCAGAGUGUUUUGAGGAAAUGUUGGAUGAGGAGUUGGACAGCAGUGACCAGUGGGCCUUCCACUUCAACUAUGGCCUGGCAGAAGCACUCACCGAGGAGGAGAGGAGGAGAGGAUGGAGGGUGUACAGCCACUGUGCCAAUGGACGGUUCCAGUGUGGUGAGUGCUCUAAGACGUGGUGGUCGGCGCGGGUGGUGCUAGUGUUCCGGUACCGUCUGCGGGAUACGACAGCCAGGGGGACCGUGCUGAUGCGGCCGUACGGCCAGGCAUGCAAACGCUGCCGGGAAGAGUUUGAACUCCCAGGUUUCUCCCAGGACGAGGUGGAGGAGGCACUGCUUGGAUUGUUUGGAAAAAUUAAGAAGAACUGCUACGACGAGGAUGAGGAGGAUGAUGAGGAGGAUGAUGAGGAUGAUGAUGAGGAAGAUGAGGAGGAUGAGGAGGACGAGGAGGAGGAUGAGGAGGAGGAUGAGGAGGAGGAAGAAGAGGAUGGGUCAGAGAAGGUGUCGAGGAGGCCCCAUGAGAAAGCCCUGUGUGAAGCCUGCAGACUGGGCAUCUGCUGUCAAGAGUAGAGAAAAAGAGAGAAAGUGUGUGUGUGUGUGUGUGUGUGUGUGUGUGUGUGUGUGUGUGUGUGUGUGUGUGUGUGUGUGUGUGUGUGUGUGUGUGUGUGUGUGUGUGUGUGUGUGUGUGUGUGUGUGUGUGUGUGUGUGACAGUGGGGGGAACAUAUAUCCUAAUGCUGUCUAGAAGUGGUUGUAAAAAUAUUAAGAACAGCAUGAUCUAUAUUGUGCCUAUGGACUCCAUACAAUCUUUAUGUAGCCUAAUGUAAUGUACUAUCGUUGGCCAAUAGCAAUGACCUAAUAUUUUAUCCUUAACUUACUUGUACUUUGGAGUUGUGUAGUAAGCAUCUAUUAUGUGUAAUAAACAUACAAAAUGGGAAGAC